AUGCUCCGCAUCACAGCGCUCAGCGCCUUCAGCCUCCCACGCACUGCGCUGCUUGCCGUCCCCCGAUCUCGCUCUGCACCCCGUCUCGCAAAAGCGUACACCGACUCGGCUUUCAGCGUACAUGUGCCAAAGGCGGCGAAGCCGCGUAAGCGAUCCGAUCGAAGCGACCGUGGGCAUGUCGUGCAUCGCUCUCCCGCACGUCAGCAGCCAGGCGGCACGAGGCGUCCAGGUUCAAACUCGGCUUCCGGCUCGGCUCGAAAAGAACGUUUGCUGGCGCUUGCGCCGCUCGCAACGGACCUUGCCUCCUUGCCCCACACCGUCCGGACGCAGCUGGACACACUUCAAGAGGCUAUCGAUAGCCAAGAUUUGGCCUCUGUCUGGGCAGCCUGGGAGCGCCUCGGUGCAAACAGCCAGCACGUCGGUCGCGCACAGCAUCGAGACAUCCUCCGCCUGUCCUCCGGCCUGUCUGCCGGCGCCGGACAUGUCGACCAAUCGCCACAAUGGAAAAAUCGACUCGGCGAGUUUGCAAAUGCAGCGUCGAUGACGGGCGAUGUGGAUCUCAUCACCGCAUGGUUCCGGCUGUUGCUCGCGCAUGGCCAGCUCGACGCCGUCGUCGGCAUCUGGCAACACAUCGUGCGCAUGCGACUUGCCAAUGCAACCCUUCACGAGCCCAAGCUCCCCAGAACUCCCGUCACAGAGGAACAAGCGGAGGAGGCGCGGUCGUUCGUCCAGCUUGACGUAUCGCGAGCAGGCGACAAGAUCGAAGUCCACGACAUGGUCUGCCUCGUCGCCUUUGCGUGCACCUAUUCGCAAUCUCCCCCGCGCGUUGCUGACCUCUUCGACACGGUUGAAAUCGGCACGCCCUUUCGAAUCUUCUUCCAAUCGGCUCGUGCCAAGCGUCUGCACGACUCGCUCUUGCCCCACCUCGAGACAGCCACCGCUCGCGCUGCAGAUUGGGAGGCUGCCCGUACUACGCUGUGGGACAUCGAGCUAGCGCGCGGUCUUUCUUCCGGCUCCGGUGGUCCUCAACGCAUCGCUCGCCUUCUCGGCUCCCUAUUUACUCUGCGACAGGUCGACGAUGUGCACGCCAUCUUCAGCACAGCCAUGCGCGCAUGCUCGCAGUCGCCACCUUGGCUGCUCACGGACGACGCCUCGCCCGCAGCCGCCGCGACCGUACCUGCCCAAAGGGCAAGGUGGACAGAGAGCUGCUGGUCCGUUUGUCUGUCCAACUUUAUCGCCGCAGGACGCAUCGAGCUCGCCAUGCAGGUGUGGUCCAAGUUCCAAGCGUUGAAGCUGCGCCCCACGCCGCGCAUAUGGAACGCGCUCCUCGACGGAUACGGCCGUGCCAACAACCACGCCGCUGCCGUGCAGACGUGGACGGCUGCGGUGAAUCAUGCCUCAGCCGGUGCUUCCGCCAGCCCGCCCGACGUACAAAUGUACACGACAAUGAUCAACAUUCAUUUGCGCGCCAAGCACGUCGAGGAAGCCAUGGCGCUGUUUGCCGACAUGGUGGCUGCAAGUCAGCGCAACGGCGGCCAGCUCACCGUAGGUGCCGAGACGUUCAACGCUGUACUCAACGGGCUAUUCCUCAACAGACGCCAUGCUCAGGCGCAAGUCUUGCUCGAAGACAUGCUGGCCAAAGGACCAGCGCCCAACAUCGGUACGAUCAACACAUUUCUUCGCGCCCAUGCGCGCCUGGGAGACCUGCAGUCUGUGGCAUCGACCAUUCGCCUCGCCGACAAGCUGCGGCUCGAGCCGGACGUCGUCACCUUCACCACGAUCCUCGAUGCGCUGCUGCGCCAGUCGGGCGAGUCGGCCUCCACCGACGCCGUAGCCAAGACUUUGGACAUCAUGAACAGCCUCGGUGUGCAGCCUAACGUCGUCACCUAUACCGCCAUGAUCAAGGCGUGUCUCGUGGGCGCCGAUGCCGCACACACGGAUCUGGCAUCGCAAACGCUGCUGAAGGAUUCGCCGGAUCGUAGGGCGCAAUCUUCCAACGACGUGCGUAUCGAGGCGGCGCUCGAGCUGCUCGACCGCAUGAUCGACGCCAAAGUCGCGCCGUCCGAAAUCACCUACACUGCGCUGAUCAACGGCGCCAUGCAGAAUCCGGAUGCGGUGGCGCAUGCAUUCGCUACCAAAUCAGUCCCUGCUCGGUAUCGCGCUGCACCCAAGCCUCUGUCUCGGCUCGGCGAGACGGUGGAAACCACCAAGCGAUGGACGCAGUCUUCACCCUCCGUAUCUCUCGCGCUGUUGCUUCUCGAGCACAUGAAGAGUCGCGGUCUACCACUAACCUCGGCGACCUACCGCUGUCUCAUCGAGGGACUGUGCAGUGCAAGCGCGGACCAGGCGGCAUUCUUCCGAUCCAUGGACGUGAUCGACGACAUGAUGCUGCGAACCUCGCCGCCCGAGCCCUCGCGUGCGCUUGGUGCAUUUGCAUCCGCAGCGCUUAAGAAUUCCAAGGUGCGCCCUCCCAUGGCGGCGCCCGGUCACACCACCUGGAUCGUCAUCUUUAGCUCGCUGCUCGACCGGCUCGAAUAUGGACCCCGCGACAAGGUGGCGGUGGAAACGGCAGCACGCGCGCUCCACACGGCCAUCCAGCUUGUGCGAGAGAUGGGCUCGCUCGCUGGUGCAGACGGCGGUCUGUCGCUGUCGAGGCUCGUGGAGCGAGCAGCAUCGAGGCUGGCACAUCUGCCCCAGUGA